GUUCAAGUAAAAGAUUAGCUAAACUCUGUAUGGGGAGCUGUUCAGAUAAAAUAGGGCAAACUCUGGAUAGGUGGAGCAUGAGCGUCCCAAGGAAAGCCUAGGGAGAGCUUUAUAGGACGAAAGUCUUUUCUACUGGCUCAGAUUCCACAAAUGGGCUGGCUGUGCGGGACUCCCAGGAGCCUGUUCAGUGCUGGGGGAGGAGCAGUGCAUCCACUUGGAUUGGGACAGAGACUUUCUGGGCUGUCAAGCUGUUGUCCUUCCAUGAUGAGGCUCUACUGUCUGCUUUUGGCAUCUCUUGUUGCUUGCACGGCUUGGGCAGGACACCCAUCCUCACCACCUGUGGUGGACACCGUGUAUGGCAAAGUGCUGGGGAAGUAUGACAACCUGGAAGGAUUUGCACAGCCUGUGGCUGUUUUCCUGGGAGUCCCUUUUGCCAGACCGCCUCUUGGAUCCUUGCGGUUUGCUCCUCCACAGCCCCCGGAGCCAUGGAGCUAUGUCAAGAACACCACAUCUUACUCUCCUAUGUGUUCCCAAGAUCCAGUAACAGGGCAGAAAACUUCAGACCUCGUGAACACCAGAAAGACUAUUACUCUUACGUUUUCUGAAGACUGUCUGUACCUGAAUAUUUACACUCCUGCUGACUCAACCAGGGAAAGUAGGCUGCCGGUGCUGGUGUGGAUCCAUGGAGGUGGCCUGGUUUUUGGUGGGGCUCCACUCUAUGAUGGACUGGCUCUCUCUGCCCUUGAGAAUGUGGUGGUGGUGACCAUUCAGUACCGUCUGGGAAUCUGGGGGUUCUUCAGCACAGGGGAUGAACACAGCCCCGGGAACUGGGGUCACUUGGACCAGGUGGCUGCACUGCGCUGGGUCCAGGACAACAUUGCCAACUUUGGAGGGAACCCAGGCUUGGUGACCAUCUUCGGGCAGUCAGCAGGAGGUGAAAGCGUCUCUGUUCUUGUGCUUUCUCCCCUGACCAAGAACCUCUUCCAUCGGGCCAUUUCCCAGAGCGGUGUGGCACUCACUCCUGCUCUGCUAAGCAAGGAUGUCAAGCCUCUGGCUAAGAAAAUUGCUGUUGCUGCUGGAUGCAAAACCACUUCGUCAGCUGUCAUGGUCCACUGCCUGCGCCAGAAGACAGAGGAUGAACUCUUGGAGGCCACACAGAACUUGAAACUUCUUAGUUUGGACUUAUUUGGAGACCCCAGAGAGAACAUUCCCUCUGUCUCCACUGUUAUCGAUGGUGUGCUGCUGCCCAAGGCACCAGAAGAGAUUUUGGCUGAAAAGAAUUUCAACACCGUCCCCUACAUGGUAGGAAUCAACAAGCAAGAGUUUGGCUGGAUCAUGCCAAUGCUGUUGGGUAAUCCAGUCCCUGAAGACAAGCUGGACCAGAAGAUGGCCACAUCACUCUUGUGGAAGUUCUAUCCCUUUGUUAAUGUUCCUGAGGAGCUGACACCAGUGGCCACUGAGAAGUAUUUAGGAGGAACAGAUGACCUUGUCAAAAAGAGAGAGUUGUUUCUGGACUUAUUGGCAGACUUGAUGUUUGGUAUCCCAUCUGUGAUUGUGGCCCGUGGCCACAGAGAUGCUGGAGCCCCCACCUACAUGUAUGAGUUCCAGUAUUGUCCAAGCUUCACACCAUAUGGGAGACCCAAGACGGUGAUGGGAGACCAUGGAGAUGAGAUUUUCUCAGUGUUUGGAGUUCCAUUUUUAAAAGAGGGUGCCUCAGAAGAGGAGACCAACCUCAGCAAGAUGAUGAUGAAAUUCUGGGCCAACUUUGCUCGGACUGGGAACCCCAAUGGGGAGGGGCUGCCCCACUGGCCAGAGUAUGACCAGAGGGAAGGAUACCUGCAGAUUGGUGCCACCACGCAGCCUGCCCAGAGACUGAAAGCCAAAGAAGUGGCUUUCUAUACCGAGAUUCUAGCUAAGAAGACAAUGAUAAAACCACACCAGAAAGAACACGUAGAGCUCUGAAGAGAAGACCAGCCAGUUUCAGGAGCCUACAACAAUUAACACAGAUGUAUUCCACAGCAACUGUUUGAAGACAAAGCUUGCAUAUAUUUGUAGUGGAUGAAGGAUUGUUUGUUGAGGGUGGGCAGUGUCCAGAGAUGGGAAAUAUUUUCACUGUGGCCCACAUUUGGAAAUAAAUGUUGUUUUGACACAAAAA